UCCCCACCAUAUCUCUCUCCAUACUCUCUCUCUCUCUAUUUAACUUUGCCUUGUUCUCUCUCUCUCUCUUGUUCUUCCUCUUCUAUGUUUCUCUCUUUAAUUCCCCAGAAAUGAAAUUCCCUUCUUUGCUCUAAAGGGUAUAUCUAUAUAUAUAACCACAAAAAUCUCAGAGAAAGAGCAAAAAAUUACUGAAAGAAACGCAGAAAAUGUCGCUGGACUUGUCAUCUGAGCGUGUUUGCUAUGUCAGCUGCAACUUCUGCAAUACCAUUUUAGCGGUCAAUGUGCCAUAUGCAAGUUUAUUCACAAUUGUGACGGUGAGAUGUGGCCAUUGCACAAAUUUGCUGUCUCUCAACAUGGGGGCUUCACUUCAUCAAAUUUCACCUCCUGUUCACCAAGAUCUUCAGUUCCAUAAGCAGCACAUUACCAUUACAUCUCCAGAGCCAAGAAAGGAAUGCGGAUCAUCUUCCAAGUCCACUAUUAGCUCAACAACUUCGUCGUUUGAAUCUGUAGACCGUGAAGCUCCUAGAAUGCCUCCUAUCCGCCCGCCCCCUGAGAAGAGACAACGUGUUCCCUCCGCAUACAACAGGUUUAUCAAAGAGGAGAUUCAGAGGAUCAAAGCUAGCAACCCCGAGAUCAGCCACCGCGAGGCGUUUAGCACAGCCGCCAAAAACUGGGCACAUUUUCCUCAUAUCCACUUUGGAUUAAAGCUGGAUGGCAACAAGCAAGGGAAGCAGUUAGACCAGGCAGUUGCUGGGCAAAAGCUCUAAUGGCUGUCACUAAACCUUUGCAUACACAUAUACAUAUACACACAUAUUCUCCAUAUGCGUGUCUAUGUAUAUAUGUGUAACUUUUUACGUAUCUAUCGCUUUUAUGUGUGAGCAGAGCUGGUCGGAAGGAUGAAGGGAGAAGAUGAUCAAGAAGUUGUUAUAUAUAUAUAUGCAUAUGUAUGUAUGUACCUAUGUAACUAUGUCUAUUUAUUACGUGGGUUUUCUUCUCUAACUCCCUUUCUAACUCUCGUAAUAAGUGACGCCCAUUAUGAGUUAUUCACAUUCACA